GGCACGUCACUUCCGGAUCCGUUGGGCGGAAUUCCCAUUUUGUGUAUCUGGGAUUUUAAAGCUCUAUUUGUAGUAAUCUGUAUUUAAUGAAGAAUGAGUGCCCCCGAUUAUAUGCAAUGCGCGGAGGACCAUCAGACCCUCCUUGUCGUGGUUCAGUCCAUCGGGGUCAUCAAGAAUGAGAAUUUCUUCAAGAUCUAUAACCGCGUGUCAUCGGUGUGCCAGGUCAACCCUAUGAACACUCAGCGCUUGCUGUUUAUCCGGUACCGGCACCAGUACCCCGUUGAGAACAAUGAGUGGGGCGACUUCCAGACUCACCGUAAAGUGGUCGGCCUCAUAUCUAUUGCCGAGUGCGGCUCCGCCAGGGACUUGCCUCCCACCAUCUUGAAGUUCGAGCAGCAGAAGGAAGCUUACAGUUCCACUCUGUACGACUCGCGGCUGUUUGUUUUUGGGUUUCAGGGCGAGAUGGCGGAUCAGAGCCGCAUUGACGUUGCUUCCUAUCCCAGCUACGAUGACUGCGCUGCGGUGGAUAAGCGGGUGGAGGAUUUUAUUCAGUCCCUUUUUAUUGUCCUGGAAAGCAAACGUCUAGACAGGACUAGUGAGAAGUCUGGGGAGAAGAUCCCUUUGCUGUAUGUCCCAUAUGAGAAGAAGGACUUUGUAGGGUUGGACCCAGAUAGCCGGCACUAUAAGAAGCGCUGCCAGGGCCGAAUGCGCAAGCACGUGGGAGACCUGUGCCUACAGGCAGGGAUGUUACAGGAUGCGCUGGUGCAUUACCACAUGGCUGUGGAGCUCUUACGGGCCGUCAAUGACUUUGUCUGGCUCGGAGCCGCCCUGGAAGGCCUGUGCUCCGCAUCUGUUAUUCACCAUUACCCCGGAGGCACAGGGGGCAAGGCUGGAACCCAGAGAAGGCAGAGCGUCACACUGUCUGCUGAUUCCUUCAAGAGACACCGACCAGGUGCACAGGAAGUUCUCAUUGACCCAGGUGCUCUGUCGACUAAUGGGAUCAAUAUGGACGCCAGCACCGAGAUUGGCCGUGCCAAAAAUUGCCUGAGCCCUGACGACAUCAUUGAGAAAUACAAGGAGGCCAUCUCUUGCUAUGGGAAGUCCAAGGCGGCAGGGGUGAUCGAGCUGGAAGCCUGUGUGAAGGCCGUACGUGUGCUGGCCAUACAGAAAAGGAGCAUGGAGGCCUCGGAAUUCCUUCAGAAUGUAGUGUACAUCAAUCUGCGCCAGCUUUCCGAAGAAGAGAAGAUUCAGCGUUACAGUGUACUCUCUGAAUUGUACGAACUCAUCGGCUUUCGUCGCAAAUCUUCCUUCUUUAAACGUGUCGCUGCAAUGCAGUGUGUGGCCCCAAGUAUCGUAGAGCCCGGAUGGAAGGCCUGCUAUAAACUCCUGCUGGAGACGCUGCCGGGAUACAGCCUGUCACUGGAUCCCAAGGACUUUAGUAAAGGCACACACAAGGGAUGGGCGGCUGUGCAGAUGCGCCUGCUCCAUGAGUUGGUAUACGCUUCUCGCAGGAUGGGGAACCCUGCCCUGGCCGUACGGCAUCUCUCUUUCCUUCUGCAAACCAUGUUGGACUUCCUGUCGGACCAAGAGAAGAAGGAUGUGGCCCAGAGCCUGGAAAGUUACACCUCAAAAUGCCCUGGCACCAUGGACCCCAUUACUUUACCAGAGGGGCUGAUAUUGCCCCCAGUUCCUUUCACCAAACUGCCCAUUGUCAGGUCUGUGAAACUUCUUGACCUACCGGUCAUUCUAAGGCCGCAGAAGGUGAAAAACCUGUUGGGCCAGAAGCUGUCCACCAAGAGCCCCUUCAUCUACUCCCCAAUUAUCGCUCACAACCGCAGCGAGGAGAAGAACAAGAAGAUCGAUUUCCAGUGGGUACAAGGAGAUGUGUGUGAAGUUCAGCUGAUGGUGUACAAUCCCAUGCCUUUUGAACUGAGAGUUGAGACAAUGGGUCUCCUGACAAGCGGCGUUGAGUUUGAAUACCUUCCGGCGGCUCUUUCCCUUCCCGCCGAGUCCGGCCUGUAUCCUGUGACGUUAGUUGGCGUUCCCAGAACCACUGGGCAGAUCACAGUCAAUGGCUAUCACACGUCGGUGUUUGGAGUAUACAGUGACUGCCUGCUUGAUAACCUUCCGGGCCUAAAGAACAAUGGAUGCACCGUGGAUGUGAUUCCAGCACUGCCCAGGCUUCAGAUCAGCACCUCCCUCCCCAGGUCGGCCCACGCGUUACAGCCUUCUUCAGGGGACGAAGUCUCAACCCACGUUUCUGUUCAGCUGUACAACGGCGAGACCCAAAAGGUUAUAAUCAAACUAGAGAACAUUGGAACGGAGCGCUUGGAGAAACUAGAAGUGACGUCCAAAACAGUCAACACCAAAGAAAAGUUCUACGGUGACUUCCUAAGCUGGGAGCUGGAGGAGACGCUGGCCCAGUUCCCUCUGAAACCUGGAAAUACAGCAAUUCUAACUGUCUACAUCAAGGUCAAACUAGACUUCUCCUGCCAAGAAAACCUUCUGCAGGAUCUCAGCGAUGAUGGGAUCAGCGUCAGUGGCCUCCAGAUCUCCAGCCCAUUUCGGCAUGUUUCCAAACCCAGAGUGGAGAGUAAGCCUAUCAACCAAUCAGACAGCAAGAGCAGCGAUUUCAACCACGUAAAGUCACUGGAAGGAAUUCUAAAUUUUAAGUACUCUGGAGGCCCGGGGCAUGUGGAAGGUUACUACAGGAACUUGUCUCUUGGGCUCCAUGUUGACGUAGAACCUUCAGUGUUUUUCACCCGUGUCAGUACCCUACCGGCAACAAGCACGCGGCAGUGUCACCUACUCUUCGAUGUCUUUAACUCAACCGAGCACGAGCUCACCAUAAAUGCCAAGGACAACCAGGAUCUCAUUCUUCAUGCCGGAGAGUGCCAAAGAAUGGCAAUUCAGGUGGAUAAAUUCAACUUUGAGAGCAUUUCGGACUCGUCCAGUGAAAGGCAGAGCUUCCCCAACCUGAAGGAGAUAGAAGAAGAGCGGCAACAUUCCAAAGGCUUGGAGAUCAACAGCAAGUUGGGCAUCCGCUGGAAAAUCCCAUCUCUGAAGCGAGAAGGCGAGGCGAGCGUCGAAGGAGUGUUAAAUCAGCUGGUUCUCGAGCAUCUCCAAUUGGCUCCUCUCCAGUGGGAUGUGUCGGUCGAUGGGAAACCCUGUGACUGCGACGUGAUUGCUGACUGCAAAGUAGGGGAUCCCAUUCACCUGGAGGUGCGACUGACUAACUGCAGCAAGAACGCGGUGGGCCCCUUUGCUUUGACUGUCAUUCCUUAUCAGGACUAUCAGAAUGGGGUCCAUAACCACGAGCUGCAGGACAUUGUCACGUUUGUUGGAUCCAAUACGUUUUACAUUGGAACAGUGCAGCCAAUGGACCAUUCCGUGUGCUUCGGAGCCCUCCUCUUCCUCUACACCGGAGAUUUUUAUUUGGACAUUAAAUUUCAGGACGAUAACUCCAACAGAGAACUCCCCUUGUCUUGGUUCUGCCUCCCCAGCGUGCAUAUCCGUGCCAUAGACACCCUCAGUGAGACCAAAUUCUGACCCCCUACCAAUGCCGACAUUUCCUUAUGUUCAGCGUGGGGUCCUCCUCUUACUGAACUUAUUAUACCGCUGGAAGAAACAUUGCCCUGUCCGACAAUCCGAAUCUUUCCACCUGUUUAAAACAAAAGGGCUGUUUGCUAUUUCUGGGAGAUUCACCAUUAUAAACAUUUCCAUUACAAAACCUGCAAUUUUGUCACUUGCAGUACCGGUUUCCACCUGUCAACCUAGAAUUACUUGAAUACGUCCCCCAGGAGUAGCAGACCCAGUCUAUAUAAAGAAAGGCUAUAAUAUCAGUAUAAUAGACACAUUAGGGAUCUUGUACUUAUACAUGGAUGUAAAAUAGAUGUAAAAUAUGACCCCCCCCCCCCCUUCAGUGUCGAGCUGGACCUCCUAGGGCGCAAGCAACCUAAUACUGAGGGUUCAUUCUCACAACAGUGACAGCAUAUAAACCAAUGGUGGGUAUAAGAAAGGACUAAUAGGAAUUGUCCUUGACUGGGGACCACUGGUAGUCCUUCUGGUAGUCCUGGUGGGGCAUUCUGGCCACUCUCGUUGUUUCUUUCUAUAUGUCUUUUAGCUGUUGUAGUUGCUUGGGCGCCAACAACACCUGAAGGGCCACAGUUUGGAAAACACUAUCACUCAAAGUGUUACAGUGGGCCAUCUUGUCCUGCUGCCGCCAUCUUUGAUUUAACCUCCUACUGCUUCUACUCCAUUAUGCCUUUACCAUACUACUCACUCAUUGGAGGACAGUUUCAUCCAAUCAGAAAACGAAUGAUAUAGGGGCAUAGGCAUUCUGUAUGAUAGAUAAUGCUAGGCAAGCCUGGCCUUCGUUGAAUGGAUCAUGAUUAUGGUCAUUUGGGAAAUAAAUGAUGUUACAAUGGGAUAAUAAAGCUACAGUACUGUAUAUGUGA